GGGACACACCCAAAUAUGCUUCCGGUUCCAUAUCCCAACCUCCGAAACCAUGGAGUGUGCGUGCUCUUCCUCUUUGUGGGUCAUCACCAAAUCGUCUCUCUCUAUAUCUCACUAUAUGCUCACCGGAAGUGGAAGCGGCAAUAUAAAGCAAUUGACUUUAACUAAAUCCUCCAACCAAAAAAGUCUCUCUUCCCUCUUUUCUCUCACUAUAAAUACACGCAUAUACAUAUAGAUAUAGAAAGAGAGAGAGAGAGAGGGAAGAAGAGUAAGUGGAGAAAGAAACAACAAUCAAACAUUUUGAACAGCAACUACAACCACUCUCACAUCAUCAUACCUUAUGAUUAUUUUCUUCCUUUCUUUACCCCACCUACUACCCCCCACUCACCCAAAAAAAUCAACUCCAAUUUUCCCAUUGUAAGUCUCCACUUUCUCUCUCUAGACUUUCAUAUGCUGUUGCUUCAAUUCACUCAAUUUCUUCAAGUAACAGUUACUAUGCUUUCCCUUUAAUUCAUACGAAUAGUAGAUUAGAUAGGUCUUUCUUGAAAACCCCUUUGAUCACCAUGGUAGUCGAAGUAUAUGGGUGUUUCAGUUUCUGUUCUUGAUUCGUUUGAUUCUGUUAGUUUCAGUUCCUGGGGUUUCCCUUUGAUUUUGAUAUGGAUACGUAUGAUCAAACCACUCGGUUUCGUUAUAACCCCACUGAAGACAGUAUUGAAUUUUCUGGGAUUCUUGAAAUAUUUAUUCAUCAUGCGAGAAACAUUCAUAACAUAUGUAUCUACGAAAACCAAGAUGUUUAUGCCAAAUUCUCCCUUACUUAUAACCCUGAUGAAACCUUAUCAACCAGGAUCAUCAAUGGUGGUGGUAAAAACCCAGAAUUCAAUGAGAAAUUAGCGAUCAAAAUCACCCAAUUCGAUGCUGUUCUCAAGUGCGAAAUGUGGAUGCUUAGUAGGGCUAAGAAUUUCAUGGAAGAUCAGCUUUUGGGGUUCUCUUUAGUUCCAUUAUCUCUAAUUCUUGGAAAAGGAGAAUUAACCCAAGAUUUUAGUCUUUCUUCCACUGAUUUAUUUCAUUCUCCUGCUGGAACUGUCAGAUUGAGUCUUUCUUUAAAUACUAAUUUCCCUUUUGAUUCUUCCCUUAUUUCUUCCAACAAUUCGUCCAUAACAUCUGAAGUUAUUUUGUUAGAUCGAAAGAUCUCUGAGGUUGCUCUUGAUAUCGAAUUCCCAGAUAUCAAUGUAGCUCGUGAGAAUCAACAGAUGGUUUCCGAGUACUUCGGGUUAUCUCAAAAUGGUUGUUCAGGUUCUACCCGGAAUGUUCAUUCCGGGCAGAACCAUAACCAGCCCGGACCAACUAGAAUUGUUGGCCCGGGCUCGUUUCUUUGUUUAGGAGCAUCAGAUCAAGUGGAUGACUACGAAAUGACAGUCAACUCUGGCUCGAUUUCUCCUCAAGAUAGCAUUCAGAAUUCGGGUUUCUUUAGUUCAACAAUGACUAGUUUAAGUGACGAUAGAAACUCAGCUGAUUCAUCGGAAAAAAAGAUGACUUUGAUAGGGGAAUCGUCGAAUUCUCCUAAGAUUGACAAUUUGAACGAUAAGAAAGAGGCAAAUGAAGAACCUGCAAUGCAGCAACAGAUUGUUGACAUGUAUAUGAGGAGUAUGCAACAGUUUACUGAGUCUUUGGCGAAGAUGAAGUUGCCACUGAAUCUUGAAAAGAUUGAAGGAGAAGAUCGUGGGGAUGUUAUUCAGCGACCAAAGAACAAUGUGGAGAAGAAGAAAGAAGGUGGACGGGUUUUCUAUGGUAGUCGUGCUUUCUUCUGAUAAUUUGUCUUAUGGCCCGGUGGUAUCAGUAGAUUUCUAGAAGCUUUAAGUUAUGAAUUUUUCUUUUUUAUUUAAGGAUAUUAAGAUAUCAGUUUGUUAAACGUUCGUAGUAAAAAGUUUGAUUGGAAGUCUUUUUGUAUCUUAUCAUCAUUAUAUAUGAUUCUUCCUUUGGUUUUC